CGCAUUGCGAAGUACAUUUGAAAUAUCGAAAAAGAUUGCAGCGAUUAGAUUUUUAGUGUAAAAAAAUUUCAAUCAAAAAAUAUCCACUAAAUGUGGUUGGUGCGAGAAAAGUUUCGCUUGCGACUUCUUUUCAUUGUGAAAAAGAUUUCGAAAAAACUUGUGCAUUAUGACAAGAAGAAGUAAAGCAACAUAGUUCCAUAGAAAUCAGACACUUGUUGAAUGAACAGUGAAGGUUGUUUUGUGCGGUGAAUGAUUUCGGCACGUUUUUAUGCAGAUUAGAUUUAAAACAUUUUCGCAAAGAAGUUAUUUUAAAUGUGCGAAAGAACAAGAAAGAACAAAACUAAAAACAAAGAAUAAAAUCAAUGUGCUAGCAGGUGAAAAUCGUUUAAGAAAUUGAUUUUUAAAUAAAGCAAAAGAAGGUGAAAAACCAGAACAACGACUGAAUAACGAAGGAUUUUGCAUACUUCUUGAUUCGAAAAAAAUAUUUAUUCUGUGCAUUAAUCUUGAUCUCAAAAAAUUAAUUGUGUUGAAAAAAAGUGAUAAAAAAAUAUCCAAAAACAGCGUCAUGAUUCGGUGGAUAUGUGUUAUAUUCCUUCUGAUUAAAUUCAAUCAAUGGACAGCGAAUGGAUUUCUUUUUACGCCGAAAUUUCAAAUAUUUCUCAAUCAAAUGCGUGAAUCUGGUGCGCAUAAAGAAUUCGUCGUCACAUGGGACUUUAAUAAACAUAACGGAUUCAGCUAUACAAAAAAUCAAUAUGGUUUGAAUCCAACGCUGUUGGAAUACGAUUUCAUUGUGGUGGGUUCAGGACCAGCUGGUUGUGUGCUGGCAAAUCGAUUAUCGGAAAAUCCAAAUUGGAAAGUUCUUUUGCUGGAAGCCGGUAAACCACAAACAUUUGGCCAUUAUAUUCCAUCGAUUGCAGCAUAUUUUCAAUCAACCGAAUCAAAUUGGAACUAUGUGGCCGAACCGAGUAAAAACUUUUGUUGGGGAAUGGACGGACAGCGAUGUGCAUUACCGCGUGGCAAAGCGCUUGGCGGUUCAUCGGUAAUAAAUUAUAUGAUUUACAAUCGUGGAAAUCCGAGAGACUUUGACGAUUGGGUUCGGCUUGGAAAUGAAGGAUGGUCGUAUGCCGAAGUGUUACCAUAUUUCUUAAAAUCAGAACGUGCCAAUUUACGUGGCAAAGAAAAUUCAUCAUAUCACAAUCGAUACGGUUCAUUGAGUGUCGAAGAUGUGCCAUGGCGUAGUAAAAUUGUACGUGCAUUUGUAAAGGGCUCGAAGCAAGUUGGACAUCGUGAAGUUGAUUACAAUAGUAACGAACAAAUUGGCGUUUCAUAUGUGCAAUCAAACACGUUGAAAGGUCGACGACACAGUGCGGCUACCGCAUUUAUCGAUCCAAUCAUGUUCAAACGACCAAAUUUGCAUAUACUAUUGGAAGCCCGUGUAACGAAAGUUCUAAUCGAUCCGACGACAAGAAAAGCCUACGGUGUUGAAUAUGCAAAGAACAAACGAAAAUAUCAAGUGACUGCAUUGAAAGAGGUUAUUUUAUCGGCUGGCUCAUUUAACUCGCCACAAUUGUUAAUGCUCUCAGGAAUCGGACCGGCGGAGGAAUUACAACGUGUUGGUAUUCCGGUGCUUCAAGAUUUGCCAGGCGUUGGUAGAAAUAUGUACGAUCAUAUGAGUCAUUUUGGGCCGACAUUCAUUGUAAAUACAACCGAUGAAUCUCUAUCAGUCGCUCGUAUGGGAUUAUAUGACAUGAAACAAUAUCUGUACGGCCAAGGAUUUUUGACGUCAAUUGGCGGUGUUGAAGCAUUGAAUUUUAUUAAAACACCAAACUCACGUGAUCCACUUGAUUUGCCUGAUGCCGAGCUGAUUUUCGUUAGCGGAAGUUUGGCAUCAGAUCAAGGUAGUGGCCUUCGAAAGGGUAUGCGAAUCACACAAGAAGUAUACGAUACCGUUUUUCGUCCGCUUGAUCGGCCCGAUAUUGAUCAUUGGUCGGUGUUGGUGAUGGGUUUUCAUCCAAAAUCACGUGGCUAUAUGGAAUUGAAAGAUAACAAUCCAUUCCAUUGGCCGCGCAUUUAUCCAAACUAUUUUGACAAUCCCGAUGAUGUGGAAACCAUAUUGGGCGGCAUUAAGGAAUCAAUUCGUAUUGCCAAUUCACCGGCCAUGCAGAAGCUCGGCGCUCGUCUUCAUGAUAUUCCGUUGCCACAAUGUCGUCAUUUGCAUUUUGGCAGUGAUGACUAUUGGCGCUGUUCGAUUCGUACACUCUCGUGCACGCUGCAUCAUCAAGUGAAUUCGUGCCGAAUGGGACCGGCCACCGAUCCGACAGCCGUUGUUGAUAACAAAUUACGUGUUUAUGGUGUGAAACGAUUGCGAGUGGCCGAUUGCUCGAUUGUUCCGCAACCAAUUACAGCACAUACGAAUGCAGUCAGUUUUAUGAUUGGAGAGAAAUUAGCCGAUAUAUUGAAGGCCAAGUGGUUGCGACAAAAACCACAAUGAUAGAAUAAAGAAAAUAUCAAAAACAUCAACACCAUUUCAGAAUUUUAGCGUUAUUUAUUUAUUCUAUUCGAUAGACUGUAUCAAAUAUACAUAUAUUUCUCUAGAUUUAA